AUGGGCCAACGCACGGGCAAGGCCGCACGACGACAUAGUGUGGUUGAUGGAGGAGGAGAGGCAUGGGGCGCGUGGGAGGCUGACUGGGUUACCGAUGUGCAGCAGCAGCAAAUGAAGCCGGCUGAGCGUGAUCAGCUGCAAGGGGGCUUGGAAGCCGGCGAGGCAAUUGCGGGGAAGGCCAGGGCGGCAGCGGCAGACAGAGGCGGUGGUCAGUAUGGAUAUGCAGCGUGGCGACUGAUGGUGGAUGACAGUCAAGGCGUCGUCGGUCGCGUGACGGGGCGCCGGCUAGGGGCGCAAGCAAAUGCAGAAUGGAGCAGGGCCGCGUUCUUUCUUUUUUUUCCCAUUCCAGAUGGAUAUAAUAUGGAUUCGAGGGCCCGCUGGCAGGCGAGUCGUGUGUGUGCCUGGAGGCGUGGCGGCCGCCACAUGGAUACACAGACAUGGCAUCUGAGGCUCAGCAGCAGCAACAGCAACCGCCGGGGAGAUGUGGAUGGCGAGCACGAGGGCGUGGAUAGCGUGGAUUGGAUGGCCGUCAUCCAAUUACCUCAGCAGUGGGGGCCGUUUGCAUGCACAUGGACAUGCCACGCCGCCGUCGAGAGCCGCUGCAGUCGGCCUUUGCUCGUCGGCCAUGGCCAUGCAUGCACCACGAGCACUUCUGACAAGACACAACAAGGCACGGCGGACGUUGACGGCCCAUCCAACCAGCCGUGA